CGAACAGAUCGAUAUCGCUGCCCUCGUUGCAACCUGAAAAGAUCAGAGAAGGGGCUGACAAAAUUGUCGAAUAAGCACACGCAGACCCCGACCUCCAAGCCAACGAUCCAAAGAAGAUGGAAGUUUCUGUUGCCUAUGCGGCCUCGACGUCAAGGCCUGUGUGCUUCAAUCAUGGUCUAUUUCACUCACAAAUUCGUUCUUUUACUUCCACUAAGACCACUGAUUCCAUUGCCACCGGUCGCAAUAGCAAGGGAAGAAGGAAAUCCGUUUCUGUAGCUAACGCCUUAAAUGGCUCCACUACCACCAAAAACACCUUAUCGAGUAACUGGGAUGUUGACCUUUGCCAAAAUUACUCUGCAACUGCAUCUCCAUGGCUUCCAAGAUUCGAAGAGCUUGAUACUACCAACAUGCUUCUCCGUCAACGAAUCGUCUUUUUGGGUUCUCAGGUGGAUGACAUGACGGCGGAUUUUGUAAUUAGCCAACUGUUGUUUCUGGAUGCCGAAGAUCCCAAGAAAGACAUCAAGUUAUUUAUAAACUCACCUGGUGGCUCCGUUACUGCUGGAAUGGGAAUUUAUGAUGCCAUGAAGUUAUGCAAGGCAGAUGUUUCAACCAUUUGCCUGGGGCUUGCUGCAUCCAUGGGUGCAUUUAUCCUUGCUUCUGGUACUAAAGGGAAGAGGUAUUGCAUGCCAAAUGCAAGAGUUAUGAUCCAUCAGCCACUUGGAACUGCUGGUGGAAAAGCUACAGAAAUGAGUAUUCGUAUAAGAGAAAUGUCAUACCACAAGAUUAAGAUAAACAAAAUACUAUCAAGAGUGACUGGAAAGUCUCUGGAGCAGGUUGAAGUGGACACUGACCGUGAUAAUUUUAUGAAUGCUUGGGAAGCGAAAGAAUAUGGAUUGAUUGAUGGAGUUGUUGAUGAUGGCAAGCCAGGAUUAAUUGCACCAAUUGCAGAUGCAAAUCCACCACCAAAAACACGGGUAUGGGAACAGUGGAAGGUUGAAGGAGGCCGAAAGGCGAAGAAGAAUUUGCCCUCAGAGCAUAGGUUUUUGCAGAAUGGAUAUAGAGGAGGCCAGGGAAAUGAUGGCGAUAAAGGCCCUGAACAGGAAAAUGAAACACCUGCAGCAGUAUGAAACAAAUAUUUUAUUUUCCUCUUUACCCUGUAGCUCUCCUUAAAUUAAUUUGUAUUCGUUAUCUGCAUAAGAUAAAUGGGAUUUCACUUUCCCUGUCAGUCACAUGCCAUGCAGAAUCUAGAUUGUAUUAUAGUCAAGGUUUUUCUGAGCACCUCAAUUGAGUAUAAUCUCUUUUAGUUUAGUUGUUUAAUGAGUAUAAUCUCUUUUUUGUUCUGUGAUUAAUGAUGAGCCCAGUUUGGUUU